AGGUACCGUUUGCAAGAGGCCAAGAGCAAAGAAGAUUAUCACCACAGCGCAAAGUCUCUUCGUGUAGUUAUCCCGCGGUAUCCGCGAGAUCCUGUCCUGCAAAGAGCUUAUGAGAUAGUACUACUACCAUUUAACAGCAAAAAAAUAUUAUCAGUGGCGUAGAGUGCGAGUUUAUUAAAAAAAGCAUCCUGGCUAAAAAAAAACAGACAGUCAAUCCCCGGGCUCCCUAAUUGCGGGGAGAUGUUACGGGCUUGAAAGCUGAAUGGGAGAUUGAUAAAUACGUAACAAUAAACAAUAAAGCUAUGACGGAACCAAGGCCAACACAUUGUGGACUGUGUGGAAUUUACCCAAAGUGGCUCCAAAAGCGCGCAACGCCACAUACCUUUAUUUUGGUUUAUGGUUUUCUGGGACUUGUACAGGCGAUGGCCUUCAUAUACAUCGUCGUCACGCUGACGACAUUAGAAAAACGAUUUAAAAUUCCAAGUCAAACAACAGGUAUCAUAUUGUCUGGGAACGAGAUCUCACAAAUCCUGUCAUUAAUUCUGAUGUACUACGGGGGCGCAGGACACCGCCCAAGAUGGCUAGCAGCCGGCGUAGGAUUCAGUGCAUUAUCAUGUUUCAUUCUAGUGAUUCCCCAUCUAAUCUAUGGUCCUGGUAAGGCAGCGCUGGCUUUGACUCAAGAGCAUUUGGAAGAAAGCAUUUUUUUAAAUUCAACGAAAGCCGGUUCGAGUAAUAGCCCGACUUACCUCUGUCCCGGGACGAACGAUCACGACAAAUGCGAUGAGGAGGAUCUUAUGGACGGGAGUUUACUGCCGCGGUUUUUGGUAUUCAUGUCCCAAUUUGUCCUCGGGAUUGGCACUACUCUGUACUUUGGAUUAGGACAAACUUAUCUUGAUGAUAACACCAAAAAAUCAAACACCCCGAUGCUUCUUGGAUUUACUUUUGCAUUAAGAACCACUGGACCAGCGUUGGGAUUCAUUUUAGCUUACGCUUGUUUGAAGCUUUACAUUGUACCGAGUCUACAUCCAGUUAUUACUGACAAAGAUCCAAGGUGGUUGGGUGCCUGGUGGUUGGGAUGGAUUAUUCUCGGGUGCUUGCUUCUUAUUUUUGCCCUACUUAUCGCCAUGUUUCCCAAACAUUUGCCAAAAGAUGAUAAAAAAAAAAACAAUAACAAGAAUCGGAUAGAAGGUGAAUUGCCACUAAAAAUUCAAAACGGAAUCGAACGGGUACCAGAAUUAUCACCUAGAAUUGAAAAAUGUGAGGAAGAAAACGCGCAUCAGCCUUCGCUAAAAGAUUUCCCGGUGACGCUGAAGCGCGUUCUUUCGAACAAAAUUCUCUUUUGCAACAACUUGAGCGCUGUAUUUGGAAUUUUUGGUCUACUUCCUUACUUCACCUUCAUGGCCAAGUAUCUCGAGGUACAAUUUAAUACUUCGGCAGCUGGGGGUACUGUUAUAACAGGUCCCAUUGCGCUAGUAGGCAUGGUGCUGGGGUUUUUGGGCUCGGGGUUUUUCAUAAGCAAAGUUAAGCCACGACCUACAAGACUUUUGAGCUGGAAUGUAUUCGGUGGAUUUGUUGCUUUUUUUAUACAAAUAAGUUACAUUUUUAUUGGCUGUAACCAAGUUCCUAUUGAAGGAGUCAAUUCUAUUACCAUGGAGGUUAAUUUUACAACAGCGUGUAAUGUUGGAUGUAAUUGUGACGGCGUUAAAUACGCGCCAGUGUGCCACGAAGCGUCAAUGACAUCAUAUUUCUCAGCGUGUCACGCUGGCUGCACCAGUUUAAUUGACGCCCGGCACUACGGCAACUGCAGUUGUGUACCAAGCGCCGCUAAUUACCUUGCACCCGAAAAAUACAACAAUGACAAUUACAACCAAAACACGAGCCAGCCAAUACCAGACGAUACAGUUGUCCUCGGGCCAUGCCUAGGAAACUGCAUUAACUCGUACAUAACAUUCAUUGUGCUGAGCAUGAUUUGCCACUGCUUGAUGUCGACUGGCAAAAUAGGAAACGUGCUGAUAAAUUAUCGGUGCGUACAGCAGAAAGACAAGAGCGUCGCUCAGGGAGUCACCCUGAUGUUCAUAUCGCUCUUUGCGCUGAUACCUGGUCCCAUUGUUUACGGAUUUAUUUGCGAUCAGUCCUGUCUCAUCUGGGAAAAAUCUUGUGGGACUACCGGCAAUUGCUGGUACUAUGACAAAGAUAAAUUUCGUUAUCUAUUUAACGUCACCGGUGCCUGUUUUACAUUCGUCGCAGUUUUAUUAGAUAUGUGCGUCUGUUAUCUCAGCAAAGAUUUGGAUUUAUAUGGAGCCAAUGAAGAUAAACGUAAAAAUUUUAUACUAGAAGAUACCAAAAUAAGUGAUAAUAAUAAAAAAGAUAAAAUAAUUAUUCAAUACAAUGAAAAAUUAUAAAUUAUCAUCAUUUGUUUUAUAAAUAAAUAUUAU